AUGGCUGAGCAUGAGGAGUAUUGUGCUAGCAAUAAUACAGCAAGAAUCAUCAUGCCACAGGUUGGAAAAGAUGGUAAACCUCCAACCUUAAAGUUUGAGAAACAUGUGCAAAAGUAUAGAGUACCUUUCGUAGCAUACGCCGAUUUUGAGUGCAUCCUGGAGAAACCUGAUGGAGACAAUGAACAAUGGAUUGGUAAAGCUACCAAAGUUAUCCAGUAUCAUCGGGCAAUGAGUUACUGCUUAUACUUUGUGCGGGACCCAUAUUUGGAAGAUUCCUGGCUAACAAUCACUAACCUAAUUCCUCAUGAGCCGAUUGUCUACAGGGGUCCUGAUGCCGCCAAACAUUUCAUGAAGACCCUCACCAUGUAUGCAAAAGAUCUAGAUGAGGCAAUUGACUGCAGGAAUAUCAAGUUGCUCCCACUAACCAAAAGAGAGCAAGCACGACAUAAUGCAGCUGAUUUCUGUGAGGCCUGCAAUGAGUGGUUCAAUAAAGAUAAGGUGUAUGACCAUUGUCAUAUAACUGGUAUCUACCGGAAUGCAUUGUGUCAUAAAUGCAACCUGCAGCAACAGCGACAAUCAUUCAUACCAGUGUUUCUCCACAACUCUUCAAACUACGAUACACACCUCAUUAUUCCAGAGCUGGGUAGAGAUAAGGAUCAGCUGUUUGUCAUCCCAAACUCAUCAGAAAAUUUAGACAAUCUGGUCACCAACCUAGUCAAAUCAGCAUCGAAUCCGGAAGACUUGUCCGAAGUGCUGCCACAUACUGCCAAGGUGUUUGGAAACAAAUUGAGCCUUGUCUCAAGGAAAGGAGUGUUUCCAUACGACUACUGCGAUUCAUGGCAGAGACUUGAAGAAACAUUGCUACCACCCAAAGAGGCAUUUUUCAGCAAGCUGGUUGAUAGGAGUGUUAGCAGUGAUGAUUAUGAACAUGCUCAAACUGUGUGGAACCAAUUCAGUUGUAGAACUCUGGGAGAGUACAGUGACCUAUACUUGAAAACAGAUGUUCUCCUGUUGGCCGAUGUCUUUGAGAGCUUCUGUGAUGUAUGCAUGAAGACUUAUGAUUUGGAUUGUGCACACUACUUUACAUCUCCAGGCUUUUCCUUUGAUGUCAUGCUGAAAUAUACUAAAGUUGAGCUUGAGCUCCUUACUGACUAUGACAUGUACAUGUCUAUUGAGCGAGGUAUCAGAGGAGGAAUAACAAAUUGUAUACACCGUCAUGCUGUAGCCAACAAUGCCUACACAGGAGCGCCUAUUGACCCCGAGAAGCCUACAUCAUAUCUCCUGUACACAGAUGCAAACAACCUGUACGGCUGGGCAAUGUGCCAACCACUUCCAUGCCAGAAAUUCCAGUGGAUGAAGAAAGAUGAGUUGGAGGGGGUGAGCAGAGGUAUAGAGGGUGUUGGAGAUGUUCAAAAGAUUGGCUACAUCUUGGAGGUGGACAUUGAGUACCCUUCUGAAUUGCAUGAUGAGCACAAUGACUUCCCAUUCCUGGCAGAGAACAAAAAAACUCUUAAAUCCAAUCAUGUACGACUCAUGACAGCUCUAAGCAAUCGCGAACAUUAUGUAUGUCACUACCGCACCCUAAAACAGGCAGUACAACAUGGAUUGAAAAUCACUAAAGUUCAUCGAGGUGUAAGGUUUGAGCAGGAGGACUUCCUAGCACCCUUCAUCAAUACAAAGCUAAGACAGCAGUCAGAGAAUAAGUUUGAAAAGAACUUUUUCAAACUCAUGAACAAUGCUGUGUUUGGUAAAACGAUGGAGAAUGUGCGAAAAAGAAUGAGCAUGGAGCUAGUGAUUGAUGAGAAGCGAUUGAAGAAACUGAUUGCUCGACCAGUGUACAAGGACCGCAUCAUCUUUGGUGAGAAUAUCUGUGCUGUUACGAUGCAUAAAGAGAAAGUGGAGCUCAAUAAGCCUAUCUAUAUAGGGUUAUCAGUGCUUGACAUCAGCAAAACCCUCAUGUAUGAAUUCCAUUAUAACAUCAUGAAGCCCAUCUACAAGGACUGUCUUCAACUCUUAUAUCAAGAUACUGAUAGCUUAUUCUACCUUGUCAAGACAGAGGACAUGUACAAAGAUAUCAUCAACAACCAGCAGCUUAAAGAUACCUUUGACACUUCAGAGUACCCUGCAGACCACCCAUGCUACUCGGAUGCAAACAAAAUGGUGCUUGGAAAGUUCAAAGACGAAUAUGCUGGCCGAGCGCCACUUGAGUAUGUAGGCCUAUGA